AUGAAUAAAACCUUAUUAGUAGUUUUAUUAGCAUUAAUUUUAUGUGUUCAAUACAGUUAUUCAUUUAUGUUUGAAGUUAGAGCAGCAGAUGAAAAAUGUAUUGUUGAAGAAUUUAGACAAGACACAUUAGUCAAUGGUAAGUUUGAAGUCUCUGACAGAUUAUCUAAAAAUAUCGCCUUCCAAUAUGAAGUCGUUAUGGCCAGUAUGCAAAUGAAAUUUUAUGUUCGUGGUCCAACUGGUGAUUUAAUUUUAGUUAACCAUGAUGCAUCAACUGGUGUUAUUGCAUUCAAUGCUCAAGAAGCAGGUGAUUAUUCAUUCUGUUUCUUGGACAAUUACAGACCAGGUGCACAAGCAAUGCCAUUAAGUAGAACAGUAUCAUUAGAGAUUAAAACAGGUGUCGAAGCAAAUGAUUAUUCAGAUGUUAUCACUAAAGGUCAAUUAAAACCAUCAGAAAUUGAACUUAAAAAGAUUGAAGAUGUUGUAGACUCAAUUAAAGUUGAAAUCUUAUACAUGAAGAACAGAGAAGAAACAAUGAGAAACACAAAUGAAUCUACCAACUCUAGAGUUGCUAAUUUAUCAAUUUUUUGUUUCUUUGUUUUAAUUGGCUCUGCAGCUUUCCAAAUUAAUUAUUUGAAACGUUACUUCAAACAAAGAAAAUUAAUUUAA